ACGCAGCGACAGGGUCAAAGUUGAAUUAUUAUUAUUAUUAUUUCAAUCUGUCUGUUUCCCAGGGAAACCGACAGGUCUAUAGAUAUUCUACCGGAGUAUAAAUUAAAAUGUAGUUUUGAUCAGCGACACUUGUCCCUUACGAAUUGUCUACAGAUAUGUCGAUAGACAAAGUCUAAACCGGCCUUUAUGGUUUAGGGACGUCUCAAGGAUCCCGCAUUGCAUUAAGCUUUCUAUGCCCGUUAUUAUUUGGGUCAUUGAUCGAUUGGCAACUGUGUAUAACAGCUUUUUCCCCACACAGACUGCCUCACCUCACCCAUGAGUCUACCGGCCGCCCCGCCCAGUUACGCUGAAGCCAUGGCAGGGGACAAGGAGCAGACGUACGGUGGAGUGAUGGUGGCAAUGCCCCCCUACAGUGACAACCUGCCCCCCAUGCCCCCUCCACCGGUGCCCAUCCACACCAGCUGGGCCUACGUGCACCCCAGUCCCAGCCCGGGCUACACCAACCCCUACGCUUCUGACAUGUCCUCUCCCUUCUCUGACCCCAGCACCAGCGACAGCUUGGAUGGAAGCAACUGGGAGGACAAGAACAUCCGACGUAUGUUCAUUCGCAAAGUUUUCUCCAUCCUCAUGGUCCAACUGUUGGUGACCUUUGGUAUCGUGGCUCUCUUCACGUUUUGUGAACCAGUCCGGCAGUUUGUGCAGUACAAUCGAAUCCUCUACCUUGCCUCAUACAUCAUCUUCAUGGGGGCAUACCUGGUGCUAGUCUGCAGCACAAGUGCCCGGCGACAGUAUCCCACCAACCUCAUUCUCUUGGGGAUAUUUACUUUGGCAAUGUCUUACAUGGCAGGAAUGCUGGCUAGCUACCACAACACUAAAGUGGUGAUGCUGUGUGUGGGCAUUACCGCCAUGGUGUGUCUGUUCAUCACGCUCUUCUGUUUCCAGACCAAGGUGGAUUUUACGUCGUGUCACGGUCUGCUCUUCUCUCUCAUGAUGGUGCUGAUGGUGACGGGACUGUUGCUCCUCUUCACCGCACCCUUUGGAUAUAUACCUUGGUUGCAGACAGCGUACGCUGGACUGGGUGCCCUUGUCUUCACAUUGUUCUUGGCCUUUGACGUGCAGCUACUGAUGGGCAACCGGCGGUACUCCCUGAGUCCUGAGGAGCACGUGUUCGGAGCGAUGUGCCUUUACAUGGACGUGGUCUACAUCUUCUUCUUCCUCCUACAGCUGUUUGGGAGUCAGGAGUGAAGUCACACCACCUUGUAGUCACGUUCAAUCCCCCCCCCCCCCCCCUCGCUGAGUUUACUUUAUUAGGAUCUCGUUUAGCGACUGCACAUGGAGCAGCUACUAUUCCUGGGGUCCACAUAAAACGUACAAAUACAUUACAAAGUAGAGAGCAGUAAUAGACAAGAAUAUAAGAUAUUACAUUAAAUUCAAAAUAACAAUGAUGUGUGUGUGUGUGUGUGUGUGUGUGUGUGUGUGUGUGUGUGUGUGUGUGUGUGUGUGUGUGUGUGUGUGUGUGUGUGUGUGAAAGACACAACAAAUGUACACACGCACGUCAUAUAUUCAUAUUCUUAUAUACAGUAAAGUCUAUAGAAGGUUUUUUUAAAGCUAUACUUGCUUUUUGCCUGAGAAACCUCUGGUGGCAGAGUAUUCCACAAUGCCAUGGCUCUUUACAGAACAGGAGAGCCACACCACCUUGUCACGUUCAAUAGCUCCCCCUGACUCUCUGCCUCCUCAAGUGUAUACAUCUACUCUGAUAUCCUUAUGCACGUACUUCUGUUUGGUUACGCUCGUACAAGCACACGCACAUUUGAGAAUGGAUACAAAUACAUACCGGCACAUAUUUGUAAUCUGAUGCAAAUACACACCCGCAGUACACUCACACACCCGCAGUACACUCACACACCCGCAGUACACUAACACAUCCACUCUUAGGUAUCUUAUAAAAGCAUGGUUUGCGUAUAUUUUUCCUCUCCCUGAAUGUUGACACAAUUUAAUUCAGUUUAAAAAAAAAUAUAUAUAUAUAUAUAUAUAUAUAUAUAUAUAUAUAUAUAUAUGUGUGUAAUUUGAAGUGUGUGCGUGCGUGUGCGACUGCUGGGAUUUCAGUUCUGUCUGCACAGGCAAGCUCCUACCUCUAGGGGGCACUUCAGUCCUUGCCAAUCUCUGGAGUGUUGCUAGCUCUGGGCCUGUGUAAGAGUUAGAACCAAUCUAGGGGAGUGUUGUUGUUCGGCAGUGUAAGGUAAACUGAUCUUCGGGCUGGGGUCAAUUCGAAUUGUAGACGGGUCAAUUCAGAAAGUAAAGUUGAAUAAUAAUUUUAAACAUUUAUUUAUUUAUUUCCUGAAUUGACUGCCUUCAAUUAAAAUUGACCACAGCCCUGUUGGAUGUUAGAUCUGCACCGAGGCAGUGUUGGAAGGUAAGCUGAUCUCAGAUCUGCCCUACGUCUCCCAUGUUACUCUUAGGACGUGACCAGGCAGUUGACGAAUCACAAUGAGACUGCAAAAGAAUAAGCUGACAGUGUGCUGUUGGUGGACAAUCAGUUUGCUGGGACAGAUAUGAGAACGGGUUAAUUGCAACCACGUUUAUUCGGGGUGACUUGUGGUUGACCAGUUAAAUGGACACUGGCUGAUUCCCCUGGUAGUACUUCAACUUUUCUUGUCUUUGUUAUAUAUAUAUAUAUAUAUAUUACAGUUGACAAAUCAGAGUCAUUGCUUUUGUUUAAACAAUUACUUUAAACAGUUUCAGUCACUGUCUGGUGAGUCGAAAAGUAUUUCAAGAUUACAUUUAUGCCCUUAAAAUCACAUUUAUAGACAUUGACUUAAACAAGCCAAAAUUUGACCCCGAUUUUGGCACAUCAGGAUUUUCUCAUCUGGGUCUGUGAAACGUCAUCAAGCCUAUGAAGUUGAAGGAUAAAAGUGACGCUUGCAAGUCCUUGGUGCAAUAAUUUGUCUUUGGCUAGGUUGCGAUUCUCUAGCCUCGUAUUACCAAGCUGAUUACUGCUGCGGAAUCCGUGAAGCAAAACAGAAUGUAAGCUUGCGAGACUUCCGGAUGGUUGUACGAGGUUACCGAUUCUCUACCCUUCUGUUGUACAACCUUCUGGUGUUCGAGGUUACCCUUUUCCAGAAUUUUGCACUCGUUCAUCCCGCCUCAUGCAAUUUAAAAGUAUUGGAUUGGUGCAACAUAGCUGGAGGGUGUUUUCACCGUAUUUGUAACACCAGUCCAUCCUUUUAAAUAAGGGGGGGGGGGGGGGGGUUGCACACUUUGGAAGAAGUACUAAGGAAUGCUUUUUAGGGGGCAAGUUUCGUUUCUUUCUUACAUUUAACUCACUUCCUCUACUUUGAAGUUACGUGCCCGUGUUACGAGGUUGUCAAGGCAGAUUUCAAGUUAUACUAUGCCUUGGACUGAACUGACAGGUAUUUUUUUUUGCUAUCAAAUGUGUUUUUAAAUAGAGUAGUCGUGUGUCUCUUCAAAUAUGUAUGAACCGAACUCUGAUGUAGAACUUGUAUAGAGGCAUGUUUUGAGGUUGUUUUAGUUCAAUUGUGAAGUAAGAGAUCUUCGGGAGGUGGGGUCAGUGUGACGUCAGUUGUCAUUAGCUGACAUUUGACAUGUUAUACAUAUGUCAGGGGUGUUCGACAUAGGCUUAAACCGUGUUAGACACGCUUAGAACAUUCCACUUUUGAAUAUAUAUUUUUUAUUGUUGUUGUUGCAUUUAUUACCUAGAAUAAACAAACAUUUCCUUUUUUAGAUGCCCUGUAGUACACUUUAAUUAUGGCAAAGGCUGGGCUCGUUCUGUUAGGCUGUAUAGGUGCACUGUUUAGUGUGGUCUCUUUUUCACAAUGAAACUGCCUAGUGCAUACAAUAUAAUUUGCACGAAGUGAUCGCUAUAGAAUCUCCAUAACAUUUGUUAGCACUUUGUGUAUUUUAAAAGCCAAUUAUUUUGGGUGAAAAGUGAAAAUCUGGCACAUUAACUUUGUAAUACUGAACAAAAAUAUAAAUCGGUCCAUUUCUAUGAUUUUACUGAUUGUACAGUUCAAAUAACUAAAUCAGUCAAUUGUAAUAAAUAAAUUAGGCCCUAAUCUAUGGAUUUCACAUGACUGGGCAGGGGUGUAGCCAUGGGUGGGCCUGGGAGGGCAUAGACUCACCCACUUGGGAGCCAGGCUCAGCCAAUCAGAAAUGAGUUUUUCCCCAUAAGGGAUUUAUUAUAGACAGAAAUAGCCCUCAAUUUCAUCAACUGUCCGGGUGGCUGAUCUCAGACGAUCCCGCUGGUGAAGAAGCUGGAUGUGGAGGUCCUGGGCUGGCGUGGUUACACGAGGUCUGCGUUUGGCAGGCCGGUUAGACAUACUGCCAAAUUGUCUUAUGGUAGGGAAAUGUACAUAACAUUUUCUGUCAACAGCUCUGGUGGACAUUACUGCAUGCCAAUUGCACACUCCCUCAACUUGAGAUAUCUGUGGCAUUGUGUUGUUUGACUAAACUGCACAUCUUAGUGGCCUUUUAUUGUCCCCAGCACAAGUUGCACCUGUGUAAUGAUUAUGCUGUUUAAUCAGCUUCUUGAUAUGUCAGGUGGAUGGAAUAUCUUAGCAAAGGAGAAAUGCUCACUAACAGGGAUGUAAUCACAUUUGUGCACACAAUUUGAGAGAAAUAAGCUUUUUGUGUGUAUGGAAAAUGUCUGGGAUCUUUUAUUUCAGCUCAUGAAACAUGGGACCAACACUUUACAUGUUGUGUUUAUAUUUCCGUUCAGUAUAAUUAAAGUUGGAUCACACCUUUUAAUUAAUUGCACGUCAAAAAGCCUGCCGGAUCAUUUGAUAAAGCCUUCACAAACAUGGCACACAUACACAUACAGGUUUAUAAAUGAUUUACGAACUUGUUUAAAACUUGUGUGUGUGUGUGUGUAACUGAAACACUUCACAAGGUGUAAUGCCACCUAAUAGUAGUUUAUGAAUGAUUCAUAAAGCCUUCAUGUCUUCUGACCAAAACGGUGUGACUAGACUUUUGGGUGAUCCAAACUUGUAACAUUCAGGUUGAAGCUUUUUUUCUUUUAAGCAAACAUUUCUGGGUGGUUGAUACCGACAACAAUAAAUCCUUGAUUUUUUUGUUGUUAAUAUUGACAAAAUAAGGAAAGUUUUUUUUUUUUUUUUAAACAAUGUGUAAAUACUUUCUUAAUAAUGUGAAAUAGAUAUUUAUGUGAGUAGUUAAAAGUAAUUUAUUAUUUAGCCUACCCUUGUUAAAGAGGAGUUGUAUUAUCUUAUCCUUGUUCACCAGCCAGUCUAGAGGCCUGGUAAGCAUGCCUUUUUAAAACGUCAUAGGUAAAUGUUCAUGUACAUGUCUAAGUACUACUCCUGUUCCUACUUAUUCUUGUACAUUACUUGGAUUUUUUUUCCCGUAGAUGUCACCAGAUUGAGGAAACAAGUUUGAACCAUUAAUCAAGAGAAUGGCGGUAGACUCUAUGUAUGAGUCAAUGCUCCUGUAAGUUGCUCUGCAUCGGAAGCAUCUGCUAAAUGACUAAAAUCGAUGUAUUCUGUAUGGUAAUAGCCGUUUGACGCUUUUGAUAUCAUUUUGAAUUUUACUUAAUUCACUCUGGGUCAUAACUCUGAUAGAUCAAUGCUGUUCUUACUACAUUCCCCCUCUAAAUCAGUAUUAUUUUACAAAGAAAAUGAAGGACAAUGUUUGACAUUAGUGUAAUGCACCAAUACUCAAUUAGAGUGGGCUGACAUGAACCAACAGAACAAUGUUGAUACAUUGUAAAAUACUCAACAUACUACUAUUGUUAUUAUUAUGUCCACCAAUAGUUAGAUUCUGUAUGGUACAUUUAACCUUUUGACCUUAUAUUACACUUAAAUCAUGCACAUUUCUAGCCUACCUAUUAAACUGACCACUGCUUUCACGUGCAAGGACGGAUAAUAUUGUGGAUUUUUCUGCUCCUCCCUUUUCUACUGUAACUAGAAAUAUGGUUCAACCCACAAUGUCUUCGGGAUCAUCAUCAUCUAUUAAAACUUAAGUGGUGUGAUGUACUUGAUGUUUGUGUAAUUUGGUCCCAUAUUUUGUUGCUUCUUGAGUUCGAACCCGAACUCUUGACUAGCCUGCAUGCAGUGACAGUGGUUAAGUAGAGCAUGACUCUCUUAAAUACCUACGGUUGAGUUGAAACUAAACCAUUUUGAUGACAGCUCAAUUAGUUUGGAAACCUUCCCUGUUUGUUGAAGUAAAAGAUGUUGUUUGAAA